AUGCCUCUCGCAAAAGAUUUGCUUCAUCCAUCUCAAGAGGAAGAAAAGAGAAAAUGCAAACUAAAACGAUUGGUCCAGAGCCCUAAUUCAUACUUCAUGGAUGUCAAGUGUCCUGGAUGUUAUAAAAUCAUGACCGUGUUCAGUCAUGCACAGACCGUCGUUUUAUGUGUUGGUUGUUCGACUGUACUCUGUCAGCCUACAGGAGGCAAAGCCAGACUCACAGAAGGUUGCUCAUUUAGGCGAAAACAACAUUAA